UAGUCUACCCCAAAAAUGGCGGCGACUAACAGUAACAAAGCACCAGACGAAACGGAAGAAGAGGUGUUCCUUAUAAUUGACAGUGAUGAGGAACCAGCCCAGGAAAGUACAACAAAUACUGCGCAGAUCGAUUAUAAAUCUUUAUUUGAUGAGUUUGUAACCUACUCAAAUGACCAGUUGACAAAGAUCAAAGCUAAGGGAGCAGAGAAGAUCAAGAAGCAUCUCGUAAAAGUGUUCAAGGCUGCAAGAGAAGACUACCUCUCAUCGGAGGAGUUCAGAAAUACUAUCCAGCUGUAUCUUGCAGAACUUCAGAAUCCGGAUAUCAAAGACCAGACCAUCUUCUCGGUGGUUCGCGAUGUAUUGAUUCAUCUCAAGAAUGCUUCCAAGAAACCAAAAAAGACGAAAGGUAGCAAGGCAGAUUCAGAGGCAAAGAGGAAUGGGGAUAAUAUUGUGAGUAAUGGGAGCAUCGAGACACAUACAGCGGGUGUAAAGACUAUAAAGACAGAGCCAAUAUUUGACAGCCAUGAUAGAUCUGAAGUAUCUGGGACUAAGGAUGUGAAUGAUGCUAUGCCAACAGGAGAUGUAGAGAAAGAGGUAGCAUCUACCAGUGGAGGUGUUAGCUGUAGUGACAUCCCUAAUGGGGUUGGAAAGAAAGUGGCAGGACCUGAAGAUGCAAAGAAAGCAUCUCAAAGUUCUGAUCAAGAGAAACCAUCAUGUAGCAAAGAAAGAGGUGGCGAAAAGGAAGAAGGCGAUGUAGAUAAAGCAAAACGGCAGAAAAAUAUCAGAAGAAUGGAGAAACUGAUGGGAAGGUUAGAUAAAGAGAUCCGUAGAUACGGUGAGAAAGAACUGAGCCUGGAGGAAAUGGGUAGAGAUGAUUCGUCUCAUAUGAUUGAGCAUAAACUUAGAAAAAGAUUUGUAGAAGCCUGGCAGAAAUGGUGUAAGCUGAAGGGCCACGAGGCGAAAAAUGGACGUGGUGUAGAAAAGAAAGUUAAUUAUAGGGGUACGAGGUACCCCGAGAUCAACCUUAAAAUCAGGAAACUAGUCAAGCUUGGUACAUUUCCAGAUUUUCAUGAUGUGUUCUCUGUUAUCAAGCAGACUAAUCGGGUGAAGAAAUUAGACAUCCAUGAGCUUGAUCUGCGUCCGCUGGCUAUUGAAGUGUUUAAGGAUGUAGGGGAGCUGUUGAGUAAACGUAGAAUCAAUGACUACAUGUUCAAUCCUGGGUACGCGUCCUUCCUCGAUACGCCAGUCGACCCUGCAACUGAGGAUGCAGAGUUGAAGACGAGGUUGGAAGAGAAUGACGUCAAGAGUAAGGAGAUGAUGGACAAGGAACUGGAGAAGCACAUGCAUCUGGCCAGAGAGUUGCAUGUGCCGGGGGUCGAACCAGAGUUUGAUAGAACUAGUGAACCAGAGGUUGAUCCAGAUGGGAGUGAGGAUGACCUUGAAGAAGGAGAUUGGAUAGAAUAUGUUUCUGACUCGGAUGAAAGCCAAUCUGCAGAGCCAUCAGCGGCCAAGAGUCCCGAGACAGAUGUGACAAAGAUGGAAAUCUGUCAAGACACAAACAAUCCAAACGAAAACAAAACAGGAGAAUCUAAGAAUCAUCUGCUUGGAGAUGAGUCACUUUGUGGUGAUGAUGCGCCUCAGGCAAAAAAGAUCAAGCUUGAAAACUCUAGCAAUGAUUCUCAAGUAACAGGGAGAACAUCUGUAGCUGUAAAUGGAAUACCUCAAAGCAGUACAGAGGUCAAAUCAGCCCUUAUGUCUAAGUCAACAGAAAUCUUGCAUUCUUCUCAGGCAAUUGUGAAAACAGAAGCCGUAAGACCAGGUGUUUCCUUCAAGCCUCCAUGUGAAACCACCACUGUUAAUGUCCCCUCGCCAAGUGAACUCGGUCGUAGCUUAGCCAUGCUUCGGAAGAAGAUACUAUCGCAACCGUGUACCACCGGUAGCAAGCCCUUGCCUGCCUCUCAACAUAGGCAACCAGAAACAGUAUCCUGUAAUAAUACAAGAAAGGAAGUCAGAGUGGUAUUAGGUACAACAGAAAAAGUGCCGGUAAAUUCAAAAAAAGGAGAAACAGCAUUAAUAAAAAGAACAGGAGUAAAUUCAGGUGUAGGUGUAGGUUCCUCGGGUACUGCAAUUUUGCCCAACCAAACUGCAUUACCCAGAGUGCAUUUCAAUUCACCUUCUACAAGUUCUUCUACAGCAAAGUGUAACGGUCCAUCACGUAUAAUUCAAUUGAACGUACCGCCCUCGACGACCACAAAGCCAGGUGGUCCAUCACGUAGAAUUCAAUUGAACGUACCCGCCUCAACGACCACAAAGCCAGGUGUUCCAACACAUAGAAUUCAAUUGAACGUACCCGCCUCAACAACCACAAAGCCAGGUGUUCCAUCAGCUAGAAUGCAAUUUAGCGUACCGCCCUCGACGACCACAAAGCCAGGUGUUCCAUCACGUAGAAUUCAAUUUAGCGUACCGCCCUCGACGACGAUCACAAAGCCAGGUACACAUCCAGGUCCAGUGCAUCCCAAUAGGGUACAUGUACACACCAAUGGUAAUGCGGUGAAAAGAACUAUCAUCCCACCAAAAAGGAACUCUAAUGCUGCAACCAUUGCAACUACGAAAAGACCAGUGGCUCUUCCCCUCGGGCGUAAGAACUUCUCCCAAAAGACAUUUAGCAAGCAGUCGAAUGGCCCAAAAGGAAGCUAUAGGGAAGAUGAUGAUGGAGUUAUAGUCCUUGAGUAAGUGUCAAUCAGAGUUGUUAAUUCAUGAUCUACUAUGAUGCAUUGUAGACAUGAAUGCCAUGUACAUGUAGCCCUUCCAGUGAAGCUAAAUCUUAUCCUUCCGAGUUUAUACAGUGUACAUUUAUUUAUUUAUUUAGUGCCAACAUUUCAUUUCAAGUGGCUGACUUAUUAUUUUAAAAAUAAAUGAUAUCUUCCCUAUAAUCUUUCGGUAGGUAGUAGUUAAUGGAAAGUACCAGUACAGCGGUACUGCAAUGAAGAGCAAAGAAGUAUCAACUGCUAGACAUUAUCAUUCAUUAUUUAUGCUGUUACCACCAAUAGUCAAUUUGAUCUAUACACCUUUUUGCAGAAGUAUUACUUGAAAGCUGAUAUUGUUAAUAAUAUAGCACCAUACGGCAUGAAUACAUCUCAUUUUCAGAAUACCUAUACUUAUUCUGUGGGGUGAGGUUUCCUUUAACUUAAAUGGAAAAAACUACUUGGUAUGAACGCUAGACUUCGCCUUAUCAUUUCAGCAUUUUUAAACAAUCUCCUCUUUAUCUCAAAUUCUCAAUCCAUAUUAGCAACACAAUGGGCAUUGUAGGUCAUAGGUCAGGAGUCAAGAAUGUCAUACAUUUAUUUGAAAUUUACACAAGCAUGUACCUGUAGUCAAAUACAAAAUGAGUACAGGAGUGUUUCUAAGAUUGGCACUUGUUCAUGUUAUUACUUAUUUAUUCAUCAGUUUCAGUUUCAUUUCAUGUAAAGUAUAACGUAAAUCCCACCAGUUUGAAGAGGACAGUUGAAUUUGUUCUCAAAAUUGUUUUCAUACACCCUGUAGGACUAUUCAAUGUAUGUUAUUGUGUAAAACUAUCCUGCUCUUCUGAGUUGAAUGUCUUGAUGAAUAUUCAUGAAGUGUGCCUUCCCAUGUUUAUGAUGCAGAAUUUGACCUGGGUCGAAUUCACAGUUCACAACAACCCCAACACAUUUUUGUAAAUUUUGUUCAUGUGCACAAUUACAAGAUUAAACGGUUACUUAAAAGUCAAA